AUGGGCUGGUGCAGCUGGAACUACUACCAUCGCAACUUCAAUGCCUCGGUCUUCUAUACCAUGGCCGAUGCCAUGGCCUCCAACGGCAUGAAAGCCGCUGGCUACACCUACAUUAAUGUGUUUGUCAUCGACCCUUGCGCUGACGGCGGUUGGUGGGAGGGGGCAGACACGGGCACAAUUGUUCGCAAUGCCUCGGGCUUUGCCAGCGCCAACAAGGCCAAAUACCCAGACGGCAUUGAAAAGGUGAUUGAUUACAUUCACAGCAAAGGCUUCAAAUAUGGGCAUUACACCGAUGCCGGUGUCUCGGCUUGCAACAAGGACAAACCCAUGAGCGAGGGCUACGAGGCCCAAGACGUGGCCUUGUUUGUGUCCUGGGGCAUCGACAUGCUCAAGCUUGAUGCCUGCGCCCGCACCGAGCCCCCCUAUACGGUCAUGAGCCGAUGGGAGAAGCUGUUGAAUGCCAGCGGGCGCCCAGUCCUGUUUUCCAACUGCCGCAACGAUUGCGAGACCAACACAUGGGACGAGUGGUGCCCCACUCUGCACAACAUGUGGCGCACCUCCAACGACAUUCAGCCCGCCUGGGAAAAUAUCAUGACCAACCUGGAUACCCUCCGUGGUCGCGGCAGCUUUGCUGACUUUCUGGAAGUAGGUAUUGGUGAACUCGCCUACGAUCCGUCUAGUCCCGACGCUUUGUAUGUCCUUGACAUGAACCGAGCGCACUUUGCGCUGUGGUGCGUGACGUCAAGCCCCCUCAUAGCCGGGGUGCCCUUGGACACGGCUCCGGAAGCCAUCAUUGAUCUUUUGACCAAUGCGCGGGCGAUUGCUGUCAAUCAAGCCUACGCAGGAAACGCCGGGGAUGUGAUUGCCAAUUCGACUGGGUACGACCUGUCGCAGCCCGAGACUGUUUGCCUGCCCACCCUUGUAGUUGCGCGUCUCACGGGACAGGAGUUGAAAUGCAGAUCGGGCCUGCUCCUUGCGGAUGGCACUGUCGCCCUGCCGGCCUUACCGCACCCUGUCCUAGCAAGAUGCUCGGGUGCAUUGACGCAGCAAUGGAAAAUGAACCAGCAGUUUAAUGGGUCCAUCUGUGCUCAAGAUGACUCGUCUGGCAGCUGUUUCAACGUUCAGCGUUGCGCGGGCCCCGUGGUCAUGUGGGCUGCUGACACGUCGGGGUGCGAUGACGGCAACAACGAGCGCUUUUUCAUCGAUCAGCAAGGCCAAUUGCGAUCCGGCAUCAACAACACCUGCGUGGCACCCAACAAAACGACCAGCGACUGGCAACUGUAUUUGAGCUCGGAUUGCAGCUUCAAGUGGCACUACAACACGACGUCCCACGAGUUGGUGGCAACCAGCUCUGAUGGCACCGCAUACUGUGUCGAGGAGACCAAUGCGCUCAACACAGCUACCGAGAUCUGGAGCAAGCCGCUGCCCAACAACACGGCGGCAGCCGUGCUGUUCAAUCGGCAAGACGUGGCUCUGGCCAACAUUACCCUAGCCCUGGCUGACGUGCCUGGACUCUACGGCUCUUUGACAAACUGCGUGCUGACGGACGUGUGGAGUGGGGAACGUUUUUAUGUCGAGGCCAACUACACGGCCUACGAUCAUCUGUGUGUGUGUGUGUGUGUGUGUGUGUGUGUGUGUGUGUGUCUGUCUGUCUGUCUGACAGAGAUCACCUGCGUCAUGUCGACUUGGGAGGAGCAUUAUGUGCAAUGUCGCAGAGCCACCACCGCCUUGACGCGGAAGUUGCGAGCGAUGAAGAGUAUUGAUUUAAUGCAGCGGUCUCGCGGUACGGCAGAGACGAUCCGCAUCCUGAGCUACAACGUCUUGGCCGACUGUUACAUACGCGAAGAUCUCGCCCGGCCAGAGGUGCGGGCGGCCAGUUUUCCCGGCAAGGACGACCAGUGCUUGUUGUGGAAACAUCGCUGGCCGCGAAUUCAGAGCGUGGUGCGCCGCAGCAAGGCAGACGUGAUCUGUCUGCAGGAGGUGGAGUAUGCCAUGUUUGAGCACGUGUAUUGCCCCUUUAUGCGGAGACAGGGGUUUGAUAUCUGCAUCAUGCAGGACGCCCCGAAGCGUGACGUGUCGCAUCCAGUGGGCGUGGCCACCUUCUUGCGUGGCGAGCGCUUUAGUGUGGUGAGCGCCCAGCAUCGGAGCCGAGCGUUGUUGCUGCAUCUGCAGGACCAGCUGACGGGGCACAGCGUGGCCGUGGGCAACUGCCAUCUCAUUUCCAAGCGAUCGGCAGAAGCGGACCGAAUCAAGCAGAUGCGCAACGUGGUGCGGCUGGCCGAAGGCAUGGGAACCACGGCCGUGGUGCUGGUGGGCGACUUUAACGACGGCGACGAGGAUCCUUCGGUGGCGCAGUCGCUGCAGUGCGUGCGCAAGUUGGAGGAUCCAGUGGCAGCCAAAGCCAUGGUGGCCGCCGAGUCGGCACAGCUCCUCUUGCAUUCGGUGUAUGAAGGCAGCCCGGAUGUGACGCUCUGCAAGCCCGGCCUAAUGGCGCGAAUCGACCACGUGCUGGUGACGAGCAAUUGUCUUGUCGAGGCGCGGCAUGCACCGCAAGCCACCGAGUCUUAUGGCACGCUGAGCAAGCACCGGCUACCUAGCCGCCGCAAUGGCUCAGACCAUCUGCCAGUGGGGAUGGACUUUGUGGUGCAGGAGGACGCGCCCAGCCGAUUGCUGUCGAGCGCUGGCGGCGAUGCGCACUGCUCCUACCUCUCCCAUCUGCCGCACGCCGUGCCCUCAAGCAGCUACCAGUUGUCUAGUUGCCAAGUUCUCCUGCCCAUAGUAACAGUGCCGCCGGAUGUUAGGGUUGAUCGCCAUGAGGGAUGUAUGGAAUUGAUGCUGGUAUUGCUGCAAUCUCUCUCUCAAUCUCUCUCAAACUCUCCCUCUCUCUCCCUCCCUCUCUCUCUCUCUCUGUCUCUCCCUCCCCCUCUCUCUCAAAGUCUUAAACUCUCUCUCUCUCUCUCAAAGUCUUAA